UACAGUUUCAGAGGUUCCGUCUUUUAUCAUCAUGACGGGGAGCAUGACAGCAUGCAGGCAGAUGUGGUGCUGCAGUAUUAACUGAGAGUCCUACAUCUUGCAGGCAACAGGAAAUUGAAUGACACAUAGGUGUUAUCCUAACUAAGCACAGAAAACUUGAAAGCCCACCCCCCACAGUGACGCACUUCCUCCAUCGAGGCCAUACCCACUCCAACAAAGCUACUCUUCCUAAUAGUACCACUCGCUGUAAGCUAAUUGGGGCCAGUUACAUUCAAACUACCACAGUAUGACAUGCUUAUAAAAAACCAGAAAGGGAUCUUCAACACUCUCAAUUAACUUCUACAAAUAUUUUGAGUCUCCUGUUUAUCUUGCAUUGCUAAUCUUGACUCAUAAGGAGCUAAUGAAUUAACAAUUAGGGCAGCAUUCAUACUAGGAACCAUUUAAUAGGAAAUGAUACAUAAUUUAGUGUCAAAUGAUUGAUACAAAUCUCGUGGAAGGGUGAUUAAUUCUAUGCUAAGAGCCCUUAUACAAACCGAGGAGCUUCUGCAAGGUGAAAGAAAAUAAGUGCCAGCAGCAUUCCAUAUCCUCAAAUACAGCUCCAAGUGGUUGUAUUGGAGAUGAAGAUCAACAGGGAUCCUGGGGCUGUGUGGUCAGCAGUUGGACAGAGGAAGAGUGGGGUGCAAGGGCCCAGUGGGGGUGGGGGUGGGGGGUAUGAGAGGGUGCUUUUUGUUCUUUCCUUGGAAGGGUAGGUAUCAAAUGGAGGACAGAAACGAGAAGAAUGUGCUACUCUGGGAGCAGGUGAGAGUGAGUUUAGGAUUAUGUGGAGGACGGUCGAGUGCUGACGCAGGUAGAGAGGUGAGUGAGUCAAGAAUUGAUCAUUGAACUAAAGUAUCAAGUAAACAGUGCUGAUCCAGGGAAUGUGUGAGAUCCACAGAAAACCUGUGCUGAGCCUUUUCACAGAAGCCACCAGAGUGGUCCAGGAAGUGCUGAAGGAACUAGAAAUCCUGAAGACUGGUUACAUUCUUCCUCUCCUCUCCAUGUCUUUGCUCUUCACUAUAAAUUUCCCCCUUUUCCAUUGAUUAUAAUUUUUAAAAAUAUUUUUAUGUUGUUUUGUCUGCGUGUGUCUAUGCACAAUAUGUGUGAUUUGUCCUUGGAGUCUAGAACAGGGUGUCAGAUCUCCUGGAACUGGAGUUACAGACUGUUACUAGCUACCAUGUGGUUACUAGGAUUCAAAACCUAGUCUUCUGGAAGAGUAGUCAGUGUUUAACCACUGAGCCAUCUCGUCAGCUCUUGUUUAUGUUUUUUGAUACUAGAGUAUAAUAGUUUGUAUCUAAAAAAAACCUGCCACAUGCUUUUAAUAUGGUGAAGUUUCUUUAAAUGUCUUAUAUUAAAAUGGAAAUUUAAGUAAUUUAGGCUGUGAGCAGAUAAUAUGAGACCCUCUGAGGCAUUUUCUUAGCUUUUUAAAAAUAGGCCCUUUUAUGCAAAAUUUGUAUAAAUAUUUGUGUGUAUUUUCUAUAGGAGGAAGAUUGAAAGGGUUUUCAGUGAGACUUCUCUUAGAUCUAGGUCGCAGAAAAUGGUUUAAGGAUUAAGUUAUAUCUUCCUCGUCCUAGAAAUCCAAAUGUUACCCAAAAUUAAUCAUUCCUGUAGGAUGUUUACUAUAAAAUUACAAAAUAGACGUUUCGGAGUAGUUUCCAUGAAAAUGUGAUAUUCCAGUUGAUUUUAAAAGACCUCAUGCUGGGAAGAUCAAAAGGAUUAGCCUAUACUUUUUUUCUUUUGAAAAAUGGUGUAAUUACUAUGAAGAGAGCACUUUCUUUAAUCUUUAUAAAUAUGAAGAAGGUUAGAAUUGUUUCAUGCCCAUAUAUCCAUGGAUGGCUGUGGAUGGUAAGAUGCUAUGGUAGUUAUCUAGGAUAUUACAUAGGCAGCCUAGGCCAGUGAGAUAAAGGUCACUAAGCAAGACAGUAUAAAAUCAUGACGAUGUAAGGGCCUCAGGUAAAAGUGCAGGCCACAUGUAUUAGGGCUCAGUAAAAUGGGGAAUUCGAUUUGUUAUGGGGAUGGGAAGAGUAGAGCAUAGUUACAUAUAGGGGAAUAACUUUGAGCAAAGAUCUGGAAGUGACUAUGCUGUUCACAGUUGACCAUUGGAGAGGCAGCUUUCUCUUCCUUUAACGGAAUGGACCCUUCAUCCUGGCAUCCUGGCUUCUGGUACUGGCUGUAAGUUACUGAACCACUCUGUGCUCUCUGUCUCUCUCUUUUUAAUGCAAAAAGCCGGAAAGAACACCGUAGUGAGAGUACUAAGUGAAAGAGUUAAUGGUCCAGUCACUGAAGAGCUCUAAUGAUAAGGUCAAGCAGGAGCUGGCACGCUAGGUAUGGCCCUUGGGCCAGUUUCUGUGGCCUUUGGAGGUACCGUCUUAUUGGAGUGUAGUCAUCUGUUAAUCUACUAUGGUUUACAGCUGCUUUUGCUACUUUGGCAGAGUUAUUACUAUGGAGACCACAAAGCUUAAACUGUUUGCUUUUGAGAUAGGGUUUUGUUAUGUAGCCCCUGUUGGCCUCCUGUAGUCCAUGCUGGCCUAGAACUCAUGGCAGGCUUCCUUCUGUUUUUCAAGUGCUUGGCUUAUAGGCCUGUGCCAGUAUGCCUGACAAUUAUCUGAUCUUUUAAGGAGAAAGUGCUGAUCCCUGAGUUAAAAAAUUGCAGAUUUAACAUUAGUAUGUGGGGAAUCGGUUUCCAGUCUCUGUUUAGUUUUGCUUUGGGGAAGGGAGGCACAAAACUGGACAGUGGUGACAACAUUGCCAUCAGAAGUAUGGCGCUCAACACACAACGUACAAGCAUACAGAAAAAUGACUGAUUAGAAAGGAUAGUGAUAAUUGCCAUGAUUAUUUUUUCUCUUUUCAUUUUUCCUUCAAGACAGAGUCUCACUAUGUAGCUCUGGCUGUCCUGGAACUUGCUCUGUAGAACGGGCCCAAUUCACAGAGAUCCACCUGCCUCUGCCUUCCAAGUGCUGGGAUUAAAGGCGUGCUCCCAGCUACAAGAUGUAGAAAAUUAGGCGCAGUGGAGGAUAUCAAUCGUCAGGUUUGUAGUUAAGAGCAGAAGUUAAUUUCUAAGCAAUACCCUGUGCUCUAGAGAAGUGUAAGAGCACAGAUGCACGAGACAUCAAGAAAACAACUAUAGUCAUGGUGAAGACAAACAGGGAGCCCUGAAGUAUGAGCCUGGAGCAGCGCGCCUUCUCCCCGCCCUCCCACCACUCCUGAACACCGCACCCCCUCUCCCACCCCCCCAGGGAGUAAAGGUUGCCGGGGAUUGGGAUCCCCAGCGAGCCGGCAGGUCGGUCCACCGAGAAAGGAGCACGGAGGAACUGGGACCGUCCUGGAAGAUUGCACCAGUGGUGUACUGGUGCACCAAGAGCGCACAGGGGAGUGAGGAGCCAGGCCUCUGAGAGCCCUGACCCAGCAUCCCGAGAGGCACCCCUGGCUCCUCCUCGGGCCCGCGGGGACAUGUCAUACAGAGAGCUCUACAAGGGUCAGGAUCCCUGACCCAGAUGAAGUGUGGUGUUCUGCUGAAUUAACCAAGGAAUACAAAGAGGGGGGAUAAGAGUCUGCAGCUGACUGGAAGAUGACACACAAUUUGGGAAUACUCAAACCAUGUCCAAAAUAAUAGAUGCAAUUCUUAUGGAUCCAGAUACCUUAGUAGGAGAAAAUGACCUCACGCACUCAGCCAUCUCCAUGAGCCUGCAGUUCUGCAAAACCUAAAGGUCCAUUUCCUGGAGUCCAACAAUAUCUAUGCUUAUUGUGGUAUUGUGCUUGUUGCCAUCAAUCCAUAUGAGCAGCUGCCAAUCUAUGGACAAGAUGUCAUCUAUGCCUACGGUGGCCAAAAUAUGGCUGACAUGGACCCCCACAUCUUUGCCGUGGCAGAAGAAGCCUAUAGGCAGAUGGCCAGAGAUGAAGAUAACCAAUUGAUCAUAGUCAGCCGAGAGUCUGGAGCAGAGAAGACUGUGUCAGCCAAGUAUGCCAUGCACUAUUUUGCCAGGGUUGGUGGCUCAGCCAGUGAUAGCAACAUUGAAGAGAAGGUCCUGGCAUCCAGUCCCAUCAUGGAGGCCAUUGGGAAUGCCAAGACCACUCGCAACAAUAGCAGCACUUUGGGAAGUUCAUUGAGAUUGGCUUUGAUAAAAAGUACCACAUCAUCAGGGCCGACAUGAGGACGUACUUGCUGGAGAGUCUAGGGUGGUCUUUCAGGUGGAUGAUGAGAGGAAUUACCACAUCUUUUACCAGCUCUGUGCUGUUGCCAGCCUUCCUGAAUUUAAAGAGCUUGCUCUAACUUGUGCAGAGGACGUUUUCUACACAUCCCGUGGAGGAAACAUGACCAUCAAGGGUGUCGAUGAUGCAGAGGACUUUGAGAAGACUCGACAGGCCCUCACACUUUUUGGAGUGCUGGAGUCUCAUCAGAUAAGCAUUUUUUUUUUUAAAGAUUUUAUUUUUUUAUUAUGUAUACAGGAUAUAUGACAGCAGGCCAGAAGAGGGCACCAGAUCUCAUUACAGAUGGUUGUGAGCCACCAUGUGGUUGCUGGGAAUUGAACUCAGGACCUCUGGAAGAGCAGUCAGUGCUCUUAACCUCUGAGCCAUCUCUCCAGCCCCAGAUAAGCAUCUUUAAGAUAAUUGCUUCCAUGUUGCACCUUGGAAGUGUGGAGAUUCAGGCCGAGCAUGAUGGGGAUUCCUGCAGCUUACCACCCCAGGACGAACACUUAUGCAACUUCUGCCGCCUGCUGGGAGUAGAGCACAAUCAGAUGGAGCCCUGGCUGUGCCAUCGCAAGCUGGUCACCACCUCAGCAACCUAGGUCAAGACCAUGUCGCUGCGGCAGGUGGUCAAUGCACGUGAUGCCCCAGCCAAGCAUACCUGUGCCCAGAUGUUCUCCUGCAUUGUGGAGCACAUCAGCAAGGCCCUGCACUCCUCCUCCCUUAAGCAGUACUUCUCCCUCGGAGUCCUGGAUAUCUACAGGUUUGAGACCAAGAGUAACAGCUUUGAGAAGUUUUGUAUCAACCGUGCCAAUGAAAAGCUCAAGCAACAGUUUCAUGUGUUCAAGCUGGAGUAAGAAGAGUACAGGACGGAGCAGGUCCCAUGGACCUUGAUUGACUUCUAUGAUAACCAACCUUGCAUAGACGUAUAGAAGUGAAGGUGUUGGAUGAAGAGUGUAAGGUCCCCAAAGGAGCUGAUCAAAACUGGGCCCAGAAGCUCUGUGAAUGACACUUCAACAGCCAGCACUUCCAGAAACCAUAAAUGUCCAACACAGCCUUCACUGUCAUCCAUUUUGCAGACAAGGUAGAGUAACUUUCAGAUGGUUUUCUGAAGAAAAAUAGGGAUACGGUAUAUGAAGAACAGAUCAACAUCCUGAAGGCCAGCAAGUUCCUACUAGUGACUGACUUGUUCUAUGAUGACAAGGACUCUGUUCCUGCCACCAACACAACUAAGAAUCGAUCAUCUUCAAAGAUGAACAUUCACUUUUCCAGACCCCCCCAUUAAGGUCUCCAAUAAGGAGCACAAGAAAUUUAUGGGCUACCAGUUCCACACUUCCCUAAACCUGCUUAUGGAGACCCUGAAUGCCACAGCUCCACACUACAUUCCAUGCCUCGAGCCCAAUGAUGAAAAUCUCUUUCACUUCGACCCAAAGAGAGCCGUGUAGCAACUGCAGAGUAUUGGAGACCAUUAAGAUCAGUGCAGCUGGCUACCCACCCAAGUGGACCUACCAUGACUUCUUCAACUGGUAUCACGUGUGGAUGAAGAAGAGCGAGCUUGCCAACACCAACAAGAAAAUUAUCUGCAGGUUUGUCUUGGAGAGUCUCAUCAAGGAUCCAGACAAGUUCCAGUUUGGCCACACCAAGAUCUUCUGGGCAGGCCAGGUGGCUUACCUGGAGAAGCUUCAGGUAGAGAAGUUCCAGGAAGCCACUAUCAUGAUCCAGUCAGGGACUGGCUGCAGAAAGUAAAGUACUGUAGGCUGAGGGCAGCUACUGUAACCCUGCAGAGGUUCUACAGAGGACACCUGGCCCGCAGGCUGGCUGAGCACCUGCGGAGAACCCAUGCAGCCAUAGUGUUCCAGAAGCAGUACUGAAUGCAGAGGGCCUGCCUGGCCUACCGGAGAGUCUGCUGGGCUGCGGACAUCAUCCAGUCCUUCACUCGGGCCAUGUUUGUGCAAAGAAACUACUGCCAGGUCCUCAAGGAGCACAAAGCCACCAUCGUCCAGAAGUGUGUCUGGGGCUGGGUGGCACGUAGACAUUUCCGGCAGCAGUGGGAUGUAGCCAUUGUCAUCCAGUGUGCCUUCCAGGCCAAGCAGGAGCUGAAGGCUCUCAAGAUUGAGGCCCGCUCUGCAUAGCAUUUGAAAUACCUCAGUGUGGGCAUGGAGAACAAAGUGGUCCAGCUACAGGAGAAGAUUGAUGACCCGGAAAAAGAGUUCAAGACUCUGUCAGAGCAGGUGUUUGCAGUUACCUCCACACAUGCCAUGGAGGUGGAGAAGCUGAAGAGGGAGCUGGCACAUUACCAGCAGAACCAGCAGACUGAUGCCAGCCUACAGCUGCAGGAGGAGGUGCAGAGCCUACGCACUGAACUACAGAAGGCCAAGUUGGAGCACAGGGUCGUAGAGGGUGCCCACAGCAGGGAGAAUGGCGAGCUAAGAAAGCGAGUUGCGGACCUGGAACAUGAAAAUGCUCUUUCAAAGGACGAGAAAGAACACCUUAAUAACCAAAUCCUGUGCCAAUCAUAAGCUGAAUCUCCCCAGAGUUCUGUGGAGGAGAACCUCUUGAUGAAGAAGGAGCUGGAGGAGGAGAGGUCCAGGUACCAGAACCUCCUGAAGGAACACUCCCAGCUGGAGCAGAGAUAUGAGAACCUCUGAGAUGAGCAAACUCUGGGCCACAGGAAGAACCCAUCAAAUCAAAGUAGCUUAGAAUCUGAUUCCUAUUACCCCUCCAUUUCCACUUCUGAGAUUGGAGACACUGAGGAUGCCUUUCAGGAAGAACCCAUCAAAUCAAAGUAGCUUAGAAUCUGAUUCCCAUUACCCCUCCAUUUCCACUUCUGAGAUUGGAGACAGUGAGGAUGCCCUUCAGCAGGUGGAGGAGAUUGGUGUAGCGAAGGCAGCGAUGGACAUGACUGUCUUCCUGAAGCUGCAGAAGAGAAUGCAGGAACCUGAGCAGGAGAGGAAGAAGCUGCAGGUGCAGCUAGAAAAGGAGCAGCAGGACAGCGAGAAAGUACAGAUGGAACAACAAAACAAUGGCUGUGAUGUGGACCAGGAUGCGCAUCUGGCCUACAACAGUCUGAAGACACAGAGCUUAACGGAGAACAACCUGAAUGAGCUGAGGAAAGCUGUCUCCGGCCAAGUUUCCAUGCAGGACAACUCCACUCACAGCUCCCUAGACAGCUACAGUCUUCUAUUGAGCCAGCUCAAGCUGGCCAGUGAGGAGCUGGAGGUCCGCAAAGAGGAGGUGCUGAUCCUCAGGACCCAGAUCAUGAACGCUGACCAUCGCCGGCUGGCUGGCAAGCACAUGGAGCCGAACAUCAAUGCCAGAACAAGUUGGUUCAACAGUGAAAAAUGUGUGGACCAGGGAGAUGCCAUUGAGGCCUAUCAUGGUGUCUGCCGGACAAACAGGUUGCCCGAGGCACAGCUGCAGGCCCAGAACCUGGAGCAUGAGGAGGAGGCGGAGCGUGUCAAGGCCCAGGUGGAGGCCCUGGAAGAGAAGAUGGACAAGCAGCAGCAGACCUUCUGCCAGACCCUGCUGCUCUCCCCACAGGCCCAGGUGGAGUUUGGGGUCCAGCAGGAGAUAACUGGACUCACCCAUGAGAACCUGGAUUUUAAAGAAUUGGUAGAAAAGCAGGAAAAGAAGGAGAGGAAGCUGAAAAAGCAGCUGAAGUACACGAGGAAGGCCCAGGACUUAGAAGCUGCCCAGGCAUUGGCCCAGAGUGACAGGAAACACCAUGAACGCACAAGACAGGUCACAGUCGAGCGAAAAGACUUCCAAGGCAUGCUGGAGUACCGCAGAGAGGACGAGGCCCUCCUCAUCCGGAACCUGGUGACAGAUCUGAAGCCCAGAUGCUGUCCAGCACUGUGCCCUGUCUGCCUGCAUACAUCCUCUACAUGUGCAUCAGGUAUACCGGCACUGUGCCCUGUCUGCCUGCAUACAUCCUCUACGUGUGCAUCAGGCAUGCAGAUUACACCAACGAUGACCUCAAGGUACACUUGUGGCUGAGCUCCACCAUCAAUGGCAUUAAGAAAGUCCUCAAGAAGCACAAUGAUGACUUUGAGAUGACAUCAUUCCGGUUAUCCAACACCUGCUGCUUCCUUCACAGUUUG